UGACAAUGACAGAUAAUCAUGAGUGUUAACUUAUCUUAUUCGACAAUAAACGUCAAAAUGACAAUCAUUUUUCAAAAUGAUUAGUACGAAUUCAUCCAUACAUCUCAUUUUAACUGAAUUUCUACUUCUUUGUAUAAUUUUACCCCCGUUUCAACAUGCCAGUGAUAUGUUAGCUGUUAAUUCUAAACCAUACAAGAUACCAACUAAUUUUAAUAAUAAAAUUAAACGGGAUAUUUCAAUAAUUGAGGAUGUUGAUUUGGAAACGACAAAUAUAACAUUCAAUAAAUGUUGUAAAGAAGAUGAACUUUUAGAUUUUAGAUCUACUUGUGACAAUCAAAAAUUGAAUGAUUUUCAACAAUCGGAUUUUGUAAGCAUAUUAGAAAGUUUUGUAAUAGAUGAAAAGCUGCAACCUACAAGGAUAAGUACUUCUAGGAUUUCCCUUAAAUAUAAUUAUUUAGAAAAACUUCGAAAAGAUAACGCUGUAGUUUUUAGUUGGAGUGUGGAACAAAAACUUUCUGAAGCUCUUUAUGUAUUUUCUAUAAAAGAUGGAUCUUUACUAGAAUUAGACCGUAAAAAUUCAAGUAUUAUUCAUAGUUUUUCGUCUGAAAGUUACUGUUUAGAUAAUAAUGAUUAUUUUCAUAGAAAUAUCGUCGCCUUCAUCAAUCCCUGUAUCGACUACUUAUGUAUAAAAAAAUGCUGUGCCAAAAACCAUUUCUACAAUACACACUUUAAAGAUUGUUACAUAGAUGAAUUAAUGAAUCCUCCAAAACUGAAAUUUUAUUUUAUGACCUCUCCUAGUACCAGUACUAUUCAAUAUUAUUUUAUGUAUGGACUCCCGAAUUGCUCUAAAAAUGUAAGCAGAAAAAUGAUCAAAAAUGAUAAUGAUGCUCCUCUAUAUAUACAAGAAGAUGGAUUUCUUUUAACGGUUGAUGAAAAGGCUAAUUCAUUUCUUUACUAUAAUAAUAAUAGUUUCUGCACUGACCUAUUUUCAGACGGCAAAAACAAAGAAGUCUUCAAUGGGCUUUAUUGUUCAGAAGAAUAUAUCUCUAGCAUUCCAAUUGCAAUUGAUAUGAAAGCUUUAUUUGGAGAUACCACAAAAGUACCCGAACAAACGCAAAAGCUUAACAAGACAAUUAAAACAAAAAUGAAGCUUUUAAAUGUCAACAGGUCAUAUUUCAUCGCCAAUAAAAACGAGUAUCUUAUGGAUAAAUUAAAACCUAAAGGAUUAUCGAAUAGAUUAACGAAUUUAUCAUUGUUAAAGGACCAUUCAUUUCAUGGAUUAUAUACGUCAGAAACCAGUCAGAAGAGAAGAUCAAAAAUACAUUAUAGUCCAAAAACAAGAAGUCAAAACAAGUUUUUAAAUAAAAAUAAAUAGAGUAAAAAAGAAGAAAAGAAAAUAAAAAAAAUAAUUUAAUUUAAAACAAGCAGAUUCUUUUGUAAAUUUACACUAUUAUAUUUUGCUUACUUUAUUUAUAACCUUGGUG